CUCGUUGAGCGAUACCAGGGUCAGUAAUGCUUAAUAUAGGAGAUAAGCCUUUUUUCGAAGCUCCUAUUACGCCCUGCGCCUUUGUGCGGGUGUUCCCAUUGAUCGAUAAUUCUACUGAUCUUGAGCGUUUGAGCUCGUUGAACAUCCUUUGACCCACUGACUUUGCGAUAUGGUUCCUCCACUCCCUUUGGUGCACGGAGAUCUGAUGCUUGAUGUUUUCACGCAUCGUUCUUUAAGCCAAGGUCUCCUCAAUGACCAAACGCCACAUGGCAAUAGCGAGAGACUUGCGCAGCUCGGACAAUCGGUAUUGAAUACCAUCGUGACAUAUAUACUCUUCGCGGAGAGACCUAUGUUGUCCGGCGAAGACCUCAAGACAAAACUUGCGGACAUUCUGAGCGACCAAAAUAUGACUGCUUGGCUCACCGGAUAUGAUAAUGAACUGAAGAGACGCGUGAGAGGAGCGAGGGGCAUUCUCGACGAUCCCGAGGAAGCUCGCUUCCUUUUCAAUAGUUACGUUGGAGCUGUGUGUGUGCAAUACGGAUUACAAGCCGCGACUGACUGGUUGGGCACGCCGCACGCCGCUCCACCCCCAUAUUCUUCGGCCUCUCCGCCGCAAGCGUCAACACUGUCUUCAGGAGUUCCCCAGGGCGCACUUGCUCUGUUCAAUCAAACUUGUCAUCAAAAGGGUUUUAGCGUCGGGUGGGCUGCUUCUUCAAAUGGUCCACAACAUGAUCCGAGAUGGGAGGUUAGAUGUAAAGUGAAUGAAGUCGAGCGGGGUUUCGGUGUCGGCAGAAACCAGAAACAAGCAAAAGAAGUGGCGGCCCGUGCAGGCAUACCAGUAUAUGGCAAAGUGUUGAGUGGAAUUUGGAAGAGCCGGAAAGCCCGGAACCGACUGCUUGCAUCAUCUCCCCCUGUGUCGUAGUCGCGCAAUUCACUCAUAUCAAAACUUCGUUAGGGUCUCGAGGGAUCAAAGCUGUGAAUUUCGUCUAACACUUACGGGCCCAUAUAUAUGGCGCUGGAUCUGUUCAACUAUUCUUCACAUGC